GGAGCUAAUAACAUCGAACGCAAGGAGUCAUCGGAGUGGCCACCAUCACCGUUCACGACGCAGGUCUUCUCAUCGAGGAAAUGGAGGUGGGAGGAGAGGUCCUUUGUUCGGGAAGGAGAGGCUGCCGAGACCAUUGCCGACAUGCAGUACCACAGGUUCCAAGCCGUCUAUUUGCGGGGAGCACUUUAUGUGCAUUGCCAGAAUGACUCUGUUAUGAGAAUAGCCUUGCAGAACGACAAGUACCAAAUGAUUAAAUCACCAGCAGGGAAUGAAGGUCUUGCUUACUUGCGGAAAUGUGAGAGAGUGGUGUACUUUGGGUCACUUUCGGAAGAGAAUAUGUGGCCCCGGUUCCGAGCUUGGUUGCUCAAUGAAUCAUGCGGUCAGAUGGAGUGGGUUUUGAAGAAUGAUAUCAGCCUUCAAGCGGUGGUGGAAAAUUUCACAAACGUUUACACCGAUAGAUAUAGCACGCCAUGGAUUGUUAACUACCAAAAGGAUUUGAGUGAAGUGCAGCCCGAGGAUGAAUCUGAUUGGGUUAACUACCAAAAGGAUGUGAGUGAAGUUCAGCCCGAGGAUGAAUCUGAUUGGGACUUUGACAGUGGUAUCGUCCUUCAUGAAACCAAAGAUAAGGUCGCAACAGACUAUGCUACAAUGUUGUUCCUCGGAUUCCAUCCUUACAAGAAGAUUGCUUUCUUUUUGUUAUCAAGGAGCUCAAGAGUAGUAUCUUACCAUUUGAAUACCUCAAAGGUCCAAGAGUUGGGAAUCCUAGACGAGUUAUUUUCAGUAAGUUCAUUUCCAUACACGCCAUGCUGGAUGGGGUUGUUUGAAAACAAUUAGCUCAUAGACUUCCUACGUGAUCUACAACAUGCUAGUUAGUCCACAUGUAACUUGGAGGUCUAAAACCAUUUGAGAAUUAGAUGAUGCGCAUAAUAAGCAGCUAAACGCUAAUGUGUAUGCAUUCUACUCGAGACA